AUGCGUUCUGGAAGGGGAGAAUCAGAUCCCAUGCUCUCCAUUAUUGUACACAAGAAACAGAGCAUUGAUGGCGCUGAUCAGAUUAGGUACAAUGUUUGGGGGAAGAUGGAUCAGUUUCUAAUAAUUGUGUCCUGCUCCCAUCUUUUGUUCAAAAAGCCAAGGUUCCACUUUGCUAAUAAUGCUAGCUACAGCAUCGGUGGUGCUGUCGCAUACUCGCAUGAUCCCACAAAGGAAGUUAAGAACAAGCAAAGGACUAACCUUGUGAAGCGACUGGAGCCUACAGAGGCGAGGUCCCCAGAAACAUCAGUGUGGGUGCCACACCCAAGGACAGGGAUCUACUACCCCAAGGGCUUUGAAUGGGUCAUGGAGGACGUCCCCAGCAGUGCAGCUUCAUUCCAGCAGUCAUACUGGCCUACUAGCCAUAAGGACGAGACUUUUCAGCAAGCUCCUGUGAAACAACUUUUGGUGCUUCAUCUCCUUCAACCUUCUUCUGAAAUUCAAUGCCCUGGAACUGGACUCUUGAAGAUCGAUACUGACAACCAAAAGCAUUUCCAAAGCCCCAUCCUAGUCCAAGACCAACUCCGCAGCCCCCACCUAUUUUGUAACAAGAUGAAUAUUAAUAAUCCACUAACAAGGAAAUCUGCGCUGAGCCCCCCCGGCGAUGUCGGCGACGGCGGCGGCGAUCCGUUCCGGGAGCUCCUCGCGUGCCCCGUCGCGCUGCGGCGGGCGCCCGUUGUGGUGUCGGUGCGGACGAGGGCGAGGGCGAGGGGCGCCGCCGUGGCGGUGCGGGCGGAGGCGACGGCCGAGGGGGUAGGGAAAGGGGGGAAGAAGGCGGCGGCGGGGAAGAAGAGGCCGGCGAGCGGGAUCACCAAGCCGAAGCCCAUCUCUCCGGAGCUGCGUGAGUUCGUCGGCGGCGCGCCGGAGCUGCCCCGGACCGAGGCCAUCAAGCUGGUCUGGGCGCACAUCAAGGGCAACAACCUCCAGGAUCCAAAUGACAAGAAGAUAAUAAUCUGUGAUGACAAACUGAAGAAGAUAUUUGGAGGGCGUGACCGUGUUGGGUUUCUUGAAAUCUCUGGGCUGCUCAACCCCCACUUCCAGAAAUGA